AUGGCCGGCUUCACUUCCACACUCCCCCGCACACUUCUAUCUCCAUCUCUAUACUCACAUGUACACAAUGUUUGGUUUCAAGGCGUAGCACCUCAUGCCAAGGUUGCCUCACGAGAAGCAAUGACGCGCUGGUUCGGCCAGGGGUCGCCGGAAGACCCCGAAAACAUUGCAGGUCCAUUGAUGCAAAGCAUCAACACCUCGGACGGAGAAACCAAAAGCAUGCAGACACUUGCACUCGUUCUCCUGCUCGAUCAAAUGCCCCGAAACAUAUUCAGGACACGCCAGGCCGUCAUCUACACGCAUUACGAUCGGCUUGCACGGGCAGUCCUCCGCAGCCUCAUGAGUGCUGAAUCGCGCCCUGACAUGCACCCCUCGCUCCGGUUGGCGCCGGCGCGGCGAAUGUGGUUUUAUAUGCCGCUAAUGCACUCCGAACAUGUUGAAGACCACGAGACAUAUAUCAAAGUUGUCAGCGAGAUGCAAGAGGAGUUUCGACAGCAGGGGGACAAACAGAGCGAGGACUAUAUCGGAGACAGCCUGGAGUUCGAGAAGAAGCAUAAGCAUCUGAUCGAGCGGUUUGGGAGGUAUCCGCACCGUAAUGCGCAGCUGGGCAGAUCGAUGACGAAAGAAGAGGAGGAAUAUCUUCGAAGCGGAGGAGAGCACUUCGGAACCGCAGCGUAA